UCAUAAUACUCUUCUGACAUAUCCUACUCAUCAUAGAUCGACAGAUAUAUACAAAAAAAAAAAAGAAAAAAAAAAGGAAGUAGUCCUCUUUUAUUUUUUUAUUUUUUAUUUUAUCUGUUGAUUAGGGCUGGAGGAAAGUGUUGUUGGGUUGGUUACCUACCUACGUUUUCCCUCCCACCCACCCCUUGGAUGCAUCCCGGUUCGGUACAGUGCCACGUCAGCAGCACCACGUCACAGUGCCAGAUCAGCAGUGCCACGUCACAGUGCCAGGUCACAGUGCCACGUCAGCAGUGCCACGUCACAGUGCCAGAUCAGCAGUGCCACGUCAGCAGUGCCAGGUCACAGUGCCACAUCAAACACAGUGCCACGUCAGCAGUGCCACAGCAGCAGUGCCACGUCAGCAACAUGAUGGGCCUGCCAGGGCAACUGCCCAACGAGUCCCUUGCCGCCUACAAGCAGCGGUUCCACGCUCAGAUUGAGGCUGAGGAACAACGCCAGCUGGCAGCCGAGGCUGCCCGCGUACAGGCUGAAGAGGCAGCAGCAGCAGAGCAGCUGCGGCUACAGGCCGACGCAGACACAGAUGCCCACGCUCGCCGCAAGGAAGCCCAAGAUCUGCUGCAGCGGCAUGAAGCCAACAGCAUCGACAGACUCAAGUUCUGGCACUUUGAACCGAACAGCGACGAGGCAACACCGGAAGAGAAGCACAAGGAGUUCCUCUCCAAACUCGUGACAAGGUUGUUGUACGCUUGCAACUACCAACGGUCAGAGUUGGAGAGACAGUACCAGGACCUGACGCAACAGCAUCAGGAGUUGGCAAAGCUCCGCUGCAUAGUGCAGAGCCACGAGGAUGCAACUCGGGCACUCAAUGCCCGAUUGCUGGACCUGGAACAGGCGGUACCAGGACCAGCUGUUGGGGCUUCCAGCAAUGCACCCUCUAGCCGCCAACUGGAGGACCGCGUUGACCACAUAGUGGCAAUGCUCGGCGACAUCAGCACUUUCGCUGCACCGACCACCACCAUCAGCUGUCAGCUGCAUACAUUGAAGACCGAGGUCCAGCAGCUGCAGUCGACGAACGCGGACGACAAUCCGAAGAUGUACAAGAUGCCAACUUUCAACCUGGAGAGGUUCGACGACUACAUGCAGCAGGAUCCGGUCCUCUGGUGGGAAGCAUUCACAACGCAACUCAGGAUUCUGCCCGUAGCCAAGCAUGCGUACAUCGGCGCCCUAUUCCUGAACUCAAAGGGCGAAUGCCAGACCUGGUUGAGCCACCUGGCAACCUCCCACGACGUCGACGUACCAGACUUGAAGGACAAAAUCACAUGGGAGGAACUGACACGGCUGUGGAAGAAGCGGUUCAUCGUCGACGACGCGCCGACACUCGCCAUCAACCGUUUGUUCACCAUGACACAGGGCAACACUGCAACACGGGAUUGGCUCACAGAGUGGCAGAAGAUUGCGGUAGUGCCCAACCUGGAUCUGACUUUCACUCAUCUCAGACGUGAGUUCUACAACAGGUCCUGUGCUGCAUUGAGCCAGGCCCUUGGUGAUCGCGAGCAGUACUCCACUUUCGCCGAGAUUAUCGACAAGGCGAGAGAGAUCAUCAAGACCAACAGGUCAGCUGCACACGAGAAAUCAACAUGGCAGCCGACCUAUGUGGAGAAGGUACGAACURGUCYGCGACAGCAGCACUUCGCUGCAGUCCAGCAGSACAGUGGARAUAACCCAGCAGCCACUCCAGCAUCAGGUGACGGAGAUCAGGUGGCUGCUGUCCAGCCGCGAAGCAACAACAAGUCCCGCAACAAUGGGAAGGCGAAACCAGCAUCGCARGCCGGAAAUGGACAGCUUCCAUGGGUCAAGUUCGGCUUGACCGAGGCGGAGUACAAGGUCCGCGGCCGCUACGGCAACUGCUAUUGGUGCAACAACACCAAGCACAAGACCUCCCUGUGCCAGGAUCAGGGCAAGGAGGAUGUGCGGCCCCGCCUCAACUCGGGAAACUGAGCUCCACGGAAAGUGAGGCGACUCCACCUUCUACUCUGCCAGAUUUGGCCGCCUUGCUAGCGGCCUCCUGCACAUCU